CUUGUGGGGUGGGAAGACUCUUCUCAGCUCCUUUGCAAAGAACCUGGCACCAUGGCCCCCAAGAAACCUGAACCAAAGAAAGAGGUAGCCAAGCCUGCUCCUGCUCCAGCCCCAGCAGCAGCCCCAGCACCGGCACCAGGACCACCAAAGGAACCCACCUUCGAUCCCAAGAGCGUGACGAUUGACUUCAGUGCUGACCAGAUUGAAGAGUUCAAGGAGGCCUUCAUGCUGUUUGACAGGACCCCAACCGGGGAGAUGAAGAUCACCUACAGUCAGUGUGGUGAUGUCCUGCGGGCUCUUGGGCAGAACCCAACCAAUGCUGAAGUCCUGAAGGUGCUGGGCAAGCCCAAACCAGAAGAAAUGAACACAAAGAUGCUGGACUUCGAGACCUUCCUCCCAAUGCUGCAGCACAUCUCUCGCUCCAAGGACCAGGGAACCUUUGAGGACUUUGUGGAAGGCCUGCGCGUCUUUGACAAGGAGGGGAAUGGCACCGUCAUGGGUGCCGAACUGCGCCAUGUGCUUGCCACACUGGGAGAGAAGCUGACAGAAAGUGAAGUGGAGCAAUUGAUGACAGGACAGGAAGAUGCCAACGGCUGCAUCAACUAUGAAGCUUUUGUCAAGCACAUCAUGUCUGGUUGAAACAAGAAUCAUCAGGGUUUUCUGAAAUGUUUCCAUCCAACUAAGCAUUACCAACAGCAAGAAUUCUUGACCCAUGUCCCUUCCUUCUUAAAAUGUCCUGAGUCCGCAGCUGUAUCUCACAUGAGCCACAACAAAGAGUCCUCAUAGCCACAAUGUACCAACCCUACACUAUUAUGUGCGAUCACCUCUGUAUAUAAAAGGACAUAUGUCUGCCCUUCCAUUUUUAACCUUAAUUUAUUCUUUUGAUUUUGUUUCCCUGCGUCGUUUGACCCAUUCAA